UAACUGGUGACCUAUCAUCACAUAAAUUCUCAGACCAUCCCAUUAUGUGGUUUUAGUCGUAAUCAACAAAAGAUAAGGCGCAAAUCCAAAGAUCUAGCAUUUGUGUAAAGUAAAAACAAAAGUAGUUUUGUCUGGAUUAUGUAUCUUCGAAGUUCAUCAUGUGUUCUACGCUCCAAAUUCGACUAGCUAAAGAUGAAGAUCAGGAAGAUAUCAAUUCAUCUUUUCUUCAACACUUCCUCCAGACCGAGCCAAUGAAUGUUUAUCUCAAGGAUUAUAAACCAGCUACACCCAGCGAUUUUGAACAUGCUCCAGACUUUGGACUCACUUUGGUUGCAGAAGUCAUCGAAUCUGAGGAUCAAUGCAAACUAGCUGGAUUUCUCAUAUGUAAAGUGUGCGAACGAGGAACUGCAUCUGAAUCUAACACAUCCUUCAUACUCGAAGAGGAUCGUGCAGGAUUUGAGAUUUCGCGCCUCCUGAAAGAGCUGAACGAUGAAUUUGAUGUGUUUCGAAUGUAUGAUGUUCAAGAAGCUGUUGAUUUAGUGAUUCUGGGAACAGUUCCUGAAUACCGCGGUCGAUCAAUUGGAUUUAAAUUAUGUGAAGCAGCUAUUGAUCUUGUUAGAGUUCGUGGCUAUAAAGUGAUCUUUAUGGACUGUACCAGUUCUUAUAGUGCAGCUAUAGCUCAAAAGUGUGGAAUGGAGUGUAUUGGUGAAAUUUCCUAUGACGACUAUCAGAAGAAAUUAGGUGAAAGAUUAUUUGUUGUGAACUCUGUUCAUACACAUGUUCGACGAUUUGUUAAGAUAUUAAAUCAAUAAUAUAAGUUCUUAAAACCGU